UUCGUCCCACAAACUUCCAAUUAUGGUUGGUUAUCAAAAACGGGGAAGAGGUGCCAAUGAAGAAAGUCGGAGAUAAGUUGAUCCCCAAGACCGAAGACGAAUUUGAUGCCAAAGACAUCAAGAAAAUAGAAAACUAUGCAAAGGCGAUUAACAUGCUCUACUGCGCGGUCAAUCCCGAUGACUACCGCAAGAUCUCCUGCUGCUCAACCGCCAAGGAGAUGUGGGAUAAGCUCGAGGUGACGUACGAACGAACGGAUCAAGUACGUGAAGCCAAGAUUGACUUCCUCACCCAAGAGUAUGAGAUGGAUCUUGUGCGAAAGAUCCUACGAAGCUUGACAUCCGAAUGGCGAUCCAAGGCCGAUGCCAUCUAUGAAUCAAUCGGCACAUCAAAUGUCACCAUCGAUGGUCUAAGAGGUAAUCUAAAAACCUAUGAAUCUACUAUUCUUAACCCAUCUUUGAAUGACCAAAGGAAAGGGAUAGCAUUAAAAGCCGUCAAAGAAUCAACGAUGGAUGAUUCAAGCGACGAUGAUGAAGUCAAGCUUGUUAUGAAGAAGUUUUGUAAACUUCUAAGGAAGAAAGAAAAGGUUGAGGAUGACCCUGUGUGCUAUGGAUGUGGAGAAGUCGGUCACAUCAAGAACAAAUGCCCGAAAAGCGGAAGGAAUGCUCGGCACUUCAAAAGGCAAAGGGCAUAUAUCUCUUGGGGUGGCGACUCCAGUGACGAGUCAACCGACCAAGAUGAGGAUGAAGCUGCCAACCUCUGUCUCAUGGAACACGAGGACCAAACUGAUGAUGUACAAGAGGUACCAAAGCGCUACUUUGCAGGUAAUCAACAAGCAACAAAACCAGGGGGAACAAUGCAAACAGCGUCGUUCAAGAGACCCAACAGCGCUGCUGAAAGAAACACCGUCAACAAGGUUGAGACAACAGCGCUGUACAGCACUGCAACAGUGCUGUCACAGGGAGUCCCUUUACCUUAUGCUUUCUAGACUCUUUUUCAACAGCGCAGUCCCUUUUCCAACAUCGCUGUCCACCCAAAACACAUAGUUUUCAACCAAAACCAGAAACUUUUCAAACAGCGAUGUCUACCUUCUUCAACAAUGCUGUCCAUUUUUACAAAUUUUUUUUAUCGUAAAACAGCGAUGUAGGGAAACCCAACAGCGCUGUUCUAAUGGGUUCAACCCCUUACACAUUUUAGAAACUUUGUGAACAUCGCUGUAGGAUACCCAA